UGAACCUCGCAUAUCACCUGUAUUCACACUCAACGCAUAGAUUGACAGAAAAAUCAACGUUGUGGGGAAUAAUUUCGCUCCGGAGUCAGGUGGAUAGAAGAUCCUGCAGCCACUUUGUCAAUUUGAAGGAAGAGAGAAUCCACCAGGAGAAAGAUAUGGCAUGUUCGUCUGGUACAGGGGAGAGGAAGAGGAGAGCCAGCAUGGCAGACCCUCCCAGCAUGUCUGAUCUGAGGAUUGUUCUGCUUGGUCCGGUUGGAGCAGGGAAGAGUGCAACGGGAAACACCAUCCUUGGGAGAGAGGCCUUUAAAGUGGACUUCUCUCCUGAGUAUGUAACCAAAGAGUGUGAGAAACAGAGUACAGAGGCGAAUGGGAGGAAGAUUGAAGUGUUCGACACCCCAAGACUGGGCGAGGAUGGGAGGAGUGAGAUAACCAGAUGCAUCAUGGACAAGUCAGUCCCGGGACCCCAUGUGUUCCUGCUGGUGAUCCGGUUGGGGGUGAGGUUGACAGAAGAUGAGGGGAACACUGUGAAGUGGAUCCAGCAGAACUUUGGAGAAGAUGCCUCAGACUACACCAUGAUAUUAUUCACCUGUGCUGAUUCACCCUGGUUCAGAAGAAAGACAGUGGACGACUAUGUGAAACAGAACCAAGACCUACAGACACUCGUCGACAGCUGUGGAGGCAGAUAUCACUCAUUCAAUAAUGACGAUAGGGAGGAUCCCAAUCAGGUCACAGAUCUGCUGGACAAGAUAGAAGAGAUGGUGGAGGGGAAUGAAGGGGGUCACUACACCAACGAGAUGUACCAGAAUGCUCAGGGUGAGAUCACAGCCCAGAGGAUAAAGAGCAGGCCUACAGCUUGGGACAUUACUGCAACAGCUCUUCUGGCAACAUCCAUUGCAUUGGUAGUACUCGCAGGAGUGGUGAGAGCAACGCUACCAACAGUCCUAGCAGGGGCAACAGUAGCAGCCGGACCAGCAUUGGCAAUAACAAAACUAGCGCGAUCAAGAGCAAGAGCUGGACCAGGAUUGGAAGUAGCAACAGAAGUAGCUCGAGCAGCAGCCAGACCAGCAUUGGAAGAAAUAGCAGUUGUAUUGGGAGUAGUAGUAGGGGUAGCAGGCGUAGCAUUGGGAGCACUAGUAGGGGUAGAUGGACUAGCAUUGGGAGUAGCAGCAGGUAUGGCAGGAGUAGCAGGAGUUGCAGUAGGAGUUGCGGGACUAGCAUUGGGAGCACCAGCAGGAGAAGCAAUAAUAGCAGGAGCAGGAGUAGCGGGAUUAGCAGGAGUAGCAUUAGCAUUAGCCAAGAAUGUCCAAAGGCAUAAAAAAUAGACAGCACAACAGACAGCAGAGGGGUGGAAAACAGAAAGCCUCCUAAAAGAAGUACAGAUCUGGUUAACAACGACAAAAAGAAACUAGAUGAGAUAGUUCAGAAGUGUAAAAUAGAUGAAAGUCUGGGUGGGAUGGCUGGGAGGUGACUCAGUGGGUAUGUCUGCAAAAGCACAAGGUAGCCUUUUCACCUUUUAUUGAAUAGAUUUUGUAUCUUUGGUCUUUGUAGGCUUCAGACGGUGUAAAUGGCAACAAAUUAUGGUGAUGUCGAGGUACAAACAGAAACACCACGUUAAUGCAAAACAGAGGCACGUGGAAAACAAAGGGCAAACAUAGCCAAAUGAAAUACUCCACAUGCUACAGUAUUACACAGUUAGCAUUGUGUGUGUGUCGCCCAAUGAGGAGCAGGCUCCCCUCCUACCAGGAAGGAGUUUUGUACAAAUGCUUGUUUCUCUUGGAAGAACAUUUUAAAUGAUUUUUAAAAAUGGUGUUGAAACCAUGAUCUUACGGUCAUAUCCCGUCGAAGAUACUUCUUGUUGUGUAUAUAUUAAAAUGUUGGUGUAUUGCUCUUUCAUUUUGUUUUAUCUUCAUCGUAUUUAAUGGGACGUUUAGGAACCAAAAACAAUGUGUUGUUACAGUUUCAAUGUAAAUAAUGUUACUAUCAUGUCUGUGUAGUGAAACAUGGGUCAUUUUAUGGUGUUUUUAAAAGAACCCAUGAAGGAAAUUUACCUGGAACCGAUUAUAUUCUAUCUGUCCCUUUGUACCUUGCAUGCAAGAAAACUAUUUGAUUGACAUUUUGUUGCCGUUUUGUUCAACCAAAGUAGUUUUUAUGAGGAGAGUUUGAUUUAUUUUGCUGUCUAGACGUUGUCAUGUAAUAUUUUAGUGAUUAUGAGUCUGUCAUUUAGCCAUUAGGUCGCUACUAAAGAACAGUAAACAAUAGAUAAAGUUGUAUGCACCAACCUCACCCGAGCUCUGGGAGUCUGGUACAGUAUGAAUUUAUUUGGUGCCUUUUCACAUUUACCUUGGAUAUUGGACCUUUGGUUACUCCUUCUCUCUCCGCUGUUUAAAUCUGAGUGUGUUCAUACUGUCACCAUCAAGGUGGACCUUUGGUUAGCCCCUCUCUCUCUCUCCGCUGUUUAAAUCUGAGUGUGUUCAUACUGUCACCAUCAAGGUGGACCUUUGGUCAGCCCCUCUCUCUCUCUCCGCUGUUUAAAUCUGUGUGUGUGUUCAGACUGUCACCACCAAAGCUUCAGACACACACUCAGCAACAGAAGUUUUACGUUUUCGGGAUCAAACUCACUUCAGGGUUGGGCAGAAUCAUUCUUCACUAUGGAUUUGUUAACCUUGGUCGACGGCAAAAGAAGGUCAUUAUUUUACAAUCUCUACGAAAACAAUGACAUAAACAUGAUAACGGUAGACACAUUGUUUAACCGUGGUGCUGAGCAUGCCAAUGCUGCAGAUAUCACUCACUCAUAAAUGAUGGUCGGGAUGACUGCACUGCUGAAGAAGAUAGACAUGAUUGUGAAAGUAGAAGGGCACUACAGAAAAUGGACGUACGCAGACGGUCAGAAAACUAUAAGUAAGCAGGAGAUGAUGGACCGGGUGAAGACAGUUGGUUUAGUUGUAAGCAGGAGAUGAUUGACCAGGUGAAGACAGUUGGUUUAGUUGUAAGCAGGAGAUGAUGGACCAGGUGAAGACAGUUGGUUUAGUUGUAAGCAGGAGAUGAUGGACCAGGUGAAGACAGUUGGUUUAGUUGUAAGCAGGAGAUGAUGAACCAGGUGAAGACAGUUGGUUUAGUUGUAAGCAGGAGAUGAUGGACCAGGUGAAGACAGUUGGUUUAGUUGUAAGCAGGAGAUGAUGGACCAGGUGAAGACGGUUGGUUUAGUUGUAAGCAGGAGAUGAUGGACCAGGUGAAGACGGUUGGUUUAGUUGUAAGCAGGAGAUGAUGGACCAGGUGAAGACAGUUGGUUUAGUUGUAAGCAGGAUAUGAUGGACCAGGUGAAGACGGUUGGUUUAGUUGUAAGCAGGAGAUGAUGGACCAGGUGAAGACGGUUGGUUUAGUUGUAAGCAGGAGAUGAUGGACCAGGUGAAGACGGUUGGUUUAGUUGUAAGCAGGAGAUGAUGGACCAGGUGAAGACGGUUGGUUUAGUUGUAAGCAGGAGAUGAUGGACCAGGUGAAGACAGUUGGUUUAGUUGUAAGCAGGAGAUGAUGGACCAGGUGAAGACAGUUGGCUUAGUUGUAAGCAGGAGAUGAUGGACCAGGUGAAGACAGUUGGUUUAGUUGUAAGCAGGAGAUGAUGGACCAGGUGAAGACAGUUGGUUUAGUUGUAAGCAGGAGAUGAUGGACCAGGUGAAGACAGUUGGUUUAGUUGUAAGCAGGAGAUGAUGGACCAGGUGAAGACAGUUGGUUUAGUUGUAAGCGGGAGAUGAUGGACCAGGUGAAGACAGUUGGUUUAGUUGUAAGCAGGAGAUGAUGGACCAGGUGAAGACAGUUGGUUUAGUUGUAAGCAGGAGAUGAUGGACCAGGUGAAGACAGUUGGUUUAGUUGUAAGCAGGAGAUGAUGGACCAGGUGAAGACGGUUGGUUUAGUUGUAAGCAGGAGAUGAUGGACCAGGUGAAGACAGUUGGUUUAGUUGUAAGCAGGAGAUGAUGGACCAGGUGAAGACAGUUGGUUUAGUUGUAAGCAGGAGAUGAUGGACCAGGUGAAGACAGUUGGCUUAGUUGUAAGCAGGAGAUGAUGGACCAGGUGAAGACAGUUGGUUUAGUUGUAAGCAGGAGAUGAUGGACCAGGUGAAGACAGUUGGUUUAGUUGUAAGCAGGAGAUGAUGGACCAGGUGAAGACAGUUGGUUUAGUUGUAAGCAGGAGAUGAUGGACCAGGUGAAGACGGUUGGUUUAGUUGUAAGCAGGAAAUGAUGGACCAGGUGAAGACAGUUGGUUUAGUUGUAAGCAGGAGAUGAUGGACCAGGUGAAGACAGUUGGUUUAGUUGUAAGCAGGAGAUGAUGGACCAGGUGAAGACAGUUGGUUUAGUUGUAAGCGGGAGCUACCAUAGGAGCAGCAGCAGUAGCCUUAGCAACUGGAGAAAUAGUUGCUAUGACAGCAAUUGGAGUGGCAGCAGGAGAACUCGCUUUUACAUUUCUGUCCAAAGUGAGAAAACAUAAAAAGGAAGAAAACAUAAGAUGCUGAAAUUGUAGUACAAGUGUGUUGUGUAUGUGUGCGUCCGAUCAAAAUGAUAGAAAUAACAUUGAAUUAUAUGUUACUAUGAAUAUAUAUUGCUGUAGUUUUUUCUGUAAUUAUUUGUAAAUGUUUUCGCCAAUUUUUCAAAAGGUUUAGCCUAUAUACUGUAUUUAAUUGUCACGCCCUGG